CUGAAAUCAAGGUGGGUUUUUCACGUUGUCCCCUACUAAGAUUUCCACACAGAGAAAUCAGAGAACCAAAGAAGAAAAAAGGAAAAACCUCUCAAGAAUUUUGAUCUGGAUCGACUAGGUUAUUCCGCAUAGCCUAGGAUUUGUUAGUGAUUUCAGCCAUGCUUGGAGGCAGAAGCAGAUUAUUGAAGCAGUCCAGGAAUACAAGAAAUGUUCAGUUUCCAGUUUUCUUUAUGUUUCUGAUUUUGUUACUGGUUGCUUUGCUGCUGAUAUUGGGGAAAAAUGGUCAUAAGUCCAGUUUGAUGUCUGAUCUUAUGAACGAAAAAUGGAGUAGCUUUGAAUCUUUAGUUGGAUUAGAUCCUACCGUAGAAUUGAGGAAUGGUACUGAUUUAAUCUGGCAGAUACCCGACUCGCCUAAGGCUGUUCUUUUCUUGGCUCAUGGAUGUAAUGGUAGAGCAGUCAAUUUUUGGGAUAAGUCUCCUAAUUGCCCAAAUUGUGUUGGUUUGCCUGAAGAGAGGCUCAUUGUGCUUCAUGCUUUGGCUAGAAAAUUUGCUGUACUUGCCGUGUCGAGUAAAGGAAUUUGCUGGUCACUUGGGGAAGAAAGAUGGAUUGUUAAAGAUAUAAUUCAGUGGUGGAUUACCAAGCAAAAGGUAGACAAGCUGCCUAUAUUUGCAUUGGGUGCCUCCUCCGGUGGAUACUUUGUCUCUGUCCUUGCGGCAGAGUUUCCAUUCAGAGGUAUUGCUUUAAUGAUUGCUGAAGGAGUUUAUAGUCAUUUGGACAUAACAAAGGAUUAUCCACCUACACUUUUCGUGCACAUGCCCAAAGAUGAAACUAGGAACAGGAAGAUAGAAAAGUAUCUAAUAGUUAUGAGGGAGAAGGGAAUCAAUGUUGCAGAAAUUAAAUGCACGGAAUUCCCUUUAACAUCUCAGUUCUUUGCCAAUCGAAUUCCGGGUCUUGAUCUAAACUUGUCGGCAAAGUUGUUCAAUGUUUUUCAGGAAAAGGGCUUUAUUGACAAGAAUGGUUACAUGAGGGAUGAUGGGCGUGCGAUACCAUGGAAAACAGCUCUUGAGGAGAGAAAUAUUCUUCUUCCAGAUAAAUCAUUGAUAAAUCAUAUUCAAGAGGAAAUGAACCUUGCAUUCGCUUAUCAUGAAAUGACUAGCUUGCAAUCCGAGCAGAUCCUUGACUGGUUUGAAUCUCAUUUGAACUGAUGAGCGAAUGACAUUGUUACAUUUUGCAUUUUCCUUGUCCUGCAAAGAAGAUUUCAGUUUGGAUGACCUGAACCAAAAAGUGAUAUAUGUCCAACAGAUGGCAACUUGAAUUUUGCGAUAGCUAUGCACACAUCUUCACAGAUUUUGGUUGGUCUAUCCAUUUUGGUGAGGGAAUCUGGCAGAAGUUCAUCUGGUUUUCUGUAUGAUGUAGGUCAAAUGGUGUCUGAUAUAACUGCAAAAGAACUUACACAUACCUGCCUGCCCUCAUUGUAGAAAGUCUUCUAGCUGUGACUCUUUGUUUACCAAAAUUGGUGAAGUUUUAUCUGUCUUUGAACAGCACGUUGGAUUUCUUUACAGUAGCUUAUUGAAAAUCCAUCUAUUUGGUUGGGCAAUUAGCAAGUAUUUUCCAGCCACCAUGUCUUUGCUGACAUUAAACUUUGCAGUUAGUUGUAUCCUGUAACAUCUGUCUAGAAAUACCACCUUUACUCUUUCAAGCCAUGAAGAUGAAAUUAUAGGAGUUCAAUCAGGUGUCUGUCUAUGCGUAUUAUUGUUUCUUUCUUUAUUAGCAAGUUCACCUGAAAUUUCCAGCCACUUGUCGUUCAAUGUAUUGACUUCAUUAUUAUAAAAUAUUUUUGAUAUUCCUCUUCCAUGUUGAUGUUGAACUCUCUAACAUGAUACCCAUUUUGCAUUUUUCUAUGUAAGAUGUAACUGUUACCGAGUUAUGCUAAAAUCUGAGUACAUUAACAAAUGGCAAAAAUGAUUCUUUGCUAAUUGGAUGAUAAUAUGAACUUACUAAUCCAAUUUCAUUUUAAUCUUGUCCCAAGCGAAAUUACUUUCUAUGUCUUCAAGUUUUACUUUUCAUGUCCAUGGACACAAUUAUGCUGUGGGCUAUUGGUGGAGGUUUGAUACUUCUCUCUUAUCAUCUUCAGUUGAUAAGCAGUUCACAACUUGUCCUUGAUUACAUCUAAGUAUGAUAAAGAUGAGCAGGAUAAAAUGCAUGGUUACAGAUCCCUACUUGUGAGAAAUUUUGAUAUCGCUCCAAAAAUAAUUAAGGUACAUGGUAUUGAGCAUGCAGAACUUUAGAACUUUUGAUCUACUUGGAAACGCAUAGAACAAACUAAUAUUAUAUGGAAUUCAAGGAACAGAACACGGGAAUGUGGAAGGAAGAAGCUGAAGAUUGAUGGCCCCUUUGAAUUGAAAUCACAUCUUUGCUGGCUCCAUUGUAUGUCACUGGAUCCUUCUUGUUGGCAGGGUCAAUGAGAGAUAUCUUAGUCAGGAGUUGGACACUGACUCGGGUUUGAAGCUGCAAUUGAGUAGCUGCUGACUUUUGAAACACUGUUCUCAGUGAAUGCUUGAUUGACAGAGGAGUCCUCAGACUAGUGUAUGUAUUAUUAUCAAUAUGAAGCAUUGGAAGCUGAAAUAGUUUCAGCUUCAUCAGUUUGGAAAAAGGUUCAGUCAUUCAAAAAUCUGGAGGGUGAUUGAUGCAGGCUAAGCAAGUCAAUGUGAGUGCCACUUGUGCUAUUUGAGUCCCAUUAUCCCUGAUUCUGCACAAAUGAAACUCUGAUAAGAUUAUUGGAUAAUAAAUCACCUAUGUUUCUACUUCUACAAUCAUAAGUCUCAGUGUGCAUCAUGUGAACUGUUGCAGCCUGUAUCUUGAUAUAUUGUAAAGCUGGGUAGGCCCACAUCUGGUCAUUAUUUUUUAGUUGAUUUUCAUGCACACACACGCAUUUCAUUGUCUCAAGUAACAUCAUUCAUCCAUCGUGGUAUAGUAAUGGAUGGCAAAACAAUUUAAAAGAUGCUUAAGUGGAUCUAGGACCUUAACACUAGACUGUUCUCUGUUUAUUCUUGUCUUUUGAUGUUAAAUUGACAAUGCAAAGAAGUCAGAGGGAUAGAGUGGCUUGACAAGUUGAUUCUCUUGGAUGCUUGGUACGUACUAGCAUGAAUAUGUAUUUGUGUACUUGGUUUUCUAGUAUAUAAAGGGAGCUGAGGAAUGAUUUUUGUAGAGAGAAAUUUUCAUUUAAUGUCAAUAUACAACUUGAUGGUAGGUAGGGGCACUUAAUGUGGAUUAAUAUCUGCCUCAUUACUUUGUUAUGUAGAUCAUCUUCUCACUUUCUCAACAUUAUGUCGGAACUGGACCAACUGGUAACAUACAUCACGAUGCUGUUUCUUAGUCCAUGCUCGUCUACAAUGAAAACCUUUUGUCACCUUUAGCUUUCUAGUGGUUCAGUGCAUCUGCUUGCAAUUGUUAAGUUCUAGGACUUGAAAGUUCUAAUUUUCAGGUUUUGAGUAAAAACUACCAACAACAAAUUUAUACUCUGGUUCUAAGCUGAAUACUUUCUGUAUUCCUCUGGACCUUUGAUGUGGAUGGCCUGUGUCUAUCUCACUUCUUUGAAUUCUUUGUCCUUUUAUGUUUCUCAAAAAUACUUGUCAUUGUUUACUCAUAUUGAUUACAAAGAUCCCGACAAACAUAGAGAUGGAAGUUUUCUGCUUUUUCACACUAGAAGUCUUUCUCUUUAAUGUGCAACAAAAAACAAAAUCUUGAAUAUUAUUUAAAGUGAGAAAGGAUAAGUCUGUAUCCAUCUUGAUUUGGUAACAUACAGUGGAAUAAACAUAUAAUCUCAUACAAAAGAACCUCAAUUAGGUAGGAAACCCAGCAUGGCCCAAACUGAAUAUAAGACUAUUGAUAA